GGAGCCGGACCUUCUAUUCAUUUCAUUCCGUGUUUGACUGAAGUCUCCUCCCAGAGUCGCUCUGCACGGCGGGGAAUCUUCAUCCAAGUUCUCGCAGCUCCUCUGCCCCGGCGUCGGUCGUCUAGGAAAUCCAAGGAAGCUUCUUCAAACACUUCUGAAGGACUUUCUCUGCAGGUUGGAGCCGACUCGCGUGGGAGAAGAUGGCCGAGAAGGAGCUGCUCAACCAGCGCAAGAAGGUGCUCACCAUAGACUCAAUGAACGCCAACGUGAAGACGGUGGAGUACGCGGUGCGAGGACCCAUCGUGCAGCGCGCCUUGCAGCUGGAGAAGGAGCUCAGAGAGGGAGUUAAGAAACCCUUUGACGAGGUCAUCAAAGCUAACAUCGGAGACGCCCAUGCCAUGGGACAGCAACCCAUCACCUUCUUCAGACAGGUCUUGGCGUUGUGCUUGUAUCCAGACCUGCUAAAUGAUAACAAGUUUCCUGAUGAUGCCAAAGAUCGUGCACGGCGUAUCCUGAAGGCGUGUGGAGGAAGAAGUAUCGGCUCAUACACUGCAAGCCAGGGUAUCGACUGCAUCAGGCAAGACGUGGCCCACUACAUCGAGCGCCGUGACGGCGGCAUCUCUUGUGACCCGGACAACAUCUAUCUGACCACGGGCGCCAGCGACGGCAUCGUCACCAUACUGAAGUUGCUGACAGCAGGUGAGGGUCGUACUCGUACAGGUGUGAUGAUCUCCAUCCCUCAGUAUCCUCUGUACUCUGCCGCAUUAGCCGAGCUGGGCGCUGUGCAGAUUAACUAUUAUCUGAACGAGGAGAAGUGCUGGAGCCUGGACAUCAGCGAAUUGCAGCGCUCCCUACAGGCUGCCAGAGAGCACUGCAACCCACGGGUCCUGUGUAUCAUUAAUCCAGGCAACCCAACAGGUCAGGUACAGAGCAGGGAGUGCAUCGAGGACGUGAUACGAUUCGCUGCAAAGGAACGUCUCUUCCUGAUGGCUGACGAGGUCUAUCAGGAUAACGUGUAUGCCGAGGGUUGUGCCUUCCACUCUUUUAAGAAGGUGUUAUUCGAGAUGGGUCCUGAAUUCUCCAACACAGUAGAGCUGGCCUCGUUCCAUUCCACCUCCAAGUGUUACAUGGGAGAGUGCGGCCUGCGAGGCGGCUAUAUGGAGGUGAUAAACAUGGACCAGGAGGUGAAGGCUCAGCUCACUAAGCUGGUGUCUGUGCGUCUGUGUCCUCCUGUACCAGGUCAAACGCUCAUGGCCCUGGUCACCAACCCUCCUCAGCCUAGAGAGCCAUCACACGCUCAGUUCAUGAAGGAACGCGUGGCCACGCUGAAUGUUUUGGCGCAGAAGGCCAAGUUGACAGAGGAAAUUCUGAACACGGUGCCUGGGAUCAAGUGCAACCCCGUGCAGGGGGCGAUGUACUCGUUCCCUCGCAUCAUUCUGCCCGAGCGAGCCAUAAAGGAGGCCAAGGAGCAUGGCCAAGAACCAGACAUGUUCUAUUGUAUGAGGCUCUUAGAAGAGACAGGGAUCUGUUUAGUUCCUGGCAGUGGGUUCGGGCAAAAAGAAGGAACUUAUCACUUCAGGAUGACUAUCCUACCACCAGCUGAUAAACUCAAGAUUUUGCUCAAUAAAGUCAAAGAGUUCCAUCAGCAAUUCACCAAACAGUACUCUUAACACCAACCUUCAACAUUCUCAACUCUGUCGACCAGCCGUAUGCCUGAUCCUUCAAUCUUUUCCAGAGGCAACCUGAUGGGCAUCAGCAAUUAAUAUGCAUUUCUGACUCCUUAAGAGUAAAAAUCCCAGUUUAUAAAAGUUUUUUGCACACUGGUGUAGCAGUGGUUAACCAUGAGGGUUAGAUUAUUAACGCUACAUGGUAAAGGAAAGUUUACUUUCUAACAGUCUGAUAUGUGGAAUAGAUGAAAUGUGGUAAAUUAGGAGGGGGGGGGUAUAUGGAAAAGUGUGUGUGUGUGUGUGUGUGUGUGUGUGUGUGUGUGCUGGUUAAGGACUUACAGGCAAGUAAUUACCACUGGACAGAGCAGAGUCUUGCACUGGUAAUAAUUACAGUAAAAUCUUAUGUAAAAAUUUUAUCCUGUUUAUAAAAACAUUUUAAUAAUUUUAAUUUGUAAUAAAUCGCUUAAUUUUACAAAAAA